AGCGUGCUGCCAGUGUACGGUGCGCGGCCGAGACUUAACAGCGGUCGCGUGCGUGGUUUGGAACCUCGGGUGCGCGCGACUUUUUUCCUCACCUGAGAACUCGCGGCCUCUGUCACGCCCUGUCGCGUUUCGGGGCAACGUCGGCGCGCUUGGCAGAGUGCUCGUAGGAGCUUAGGUGAACGCGUUUGCUGCAGUGCCUUUCUGUAUUGCAGAAAAGACGAUUUGACGUGCCGGGAAAUUAGCUGGAUACAUUGAGGGCUGGCAAGCUGGGGAACUGUCCUUACGCUAGUUCACACGCAACUUCUCCUUCUGUUUGCAGCAAGAAAAAAGCUUGGUCACGUGCAUCGGUACGUGUAAGCCCUCAAGCAUCCAAGUAGAUCGGUGGCUCUCCAGAACUGUGUGAACAGCGAGUGCCUCCUCGCGCUCUUGUGGCAAAUGAUAGAGUCUGUUGUCGUCUGAUCACCAGCCGGCUAAUGUGACAAGGUGCCAGUUGAUACCGUUUCGCGGGAUUCUUGUGGACAUUUGGACUUCAGUGAGACUGUCUAGCGGGACUUCAAGGCUGAGUGCGUUGCUUAGAGGUCAUUAAAGCCAUUAUUCCCGAACCUUAGCAAAGAGAACCUGGCGCGGAUACGUGUUGAAAAGACGGUAUUCUCAUUUGGGAUACUUAAAUCAAGUGCAAGGAUAACUGCUCGACUUUCGUCAUCAAGCUCCUCGUAGGAGGGACAGACCUCUGCCUAUCGUUGCGGACGGUCGCCUGCUCAAAGCUUUGCCUGAUCGUCUGACUGACGAGAGAAGUACUGUGAAGUCUGCUUAACUACAACCCGCUAGAAGUCAUCAGACCUUCUACAGCGCAUCGCAAGCUUCUGACAAGAAAGAUCCAGUGAGCAUCGACGCUUGACAAUGUAUCAACUUGCCGCUCGUGGGAAACGAUUCGACGUCUUCGCAUUACGCCUGUGACGCUCUAACCAAUUGAGCUACCGCGGCGCCGUUCCCCAUCCACUUUCUUGGGUCGCGCAGCGGCAGGUCUCCACGGCCGAAACGCAGCAGACAUCGAACCAGUUGUGACGAUGUGUCCCUGCACCAGCCCUCGACAGUUAGGCGUCUCGGGCAAACCACCGGAGUGAAUUACGGAGAUCAAGUGACGCCUUCAACUGCACAUCGGAGCAACCGCGCGGAAGAAAUGCGCUCCGACGAGAAUUCCGGCCGGCGAAGCGCGCGUCACGCACGCCGACCGUCACCCGCUUUCCUCCGGACAGCGAUCGGCUCGGCGCUUGUCGCCUCCCUGGUCGCGGCGACCGUCGCUUCCGCGGCAGUAUUGGCCCCGCCGGACCUGAAGAAGUCGUCACCGCCGCAGCAGCUGCGCAACGUGCUGGCGUCGUAUACGACGUUCAACGAGACGGUGAACUUCACGCAUUUCGUGGUGGACACAGGCACAGGGCGCGUCUACGUGGGCGCGACGAACUGGCUGUAUCAGUUCAACGCAUCCCUCGAGCUCGAGGCCUCAGUACAGACGGGACCCGUCGAGGACAGCGUGCUUUGCUCGCCCUCGGACUGCAGCGGUGUCGAAGCCGAACCGACAGACAACAUAAACAAGGUGCUGGUCAUUGAUUACAAAACACGCAAGCUGAUCGCUUGCGGCAGCAUCCACCAGGGCGCCUGCCGAAGGCAUGACCUCGACGACAUCACGCAGCAGGAGGCCCUCGUAUCCGUACCCGUUGCGGCCAAUGACCGAAACUCGUCCACGUAUGCGUUCGUGGGGCCCGCGCACUACCACGGUGGUCGAGGCCCCAUGCGAGUAAUGUACGUGGCCACAACCAACAGUCGGCAGGGCCCGUACCGGGACAUGGUGCCGUCCAUCUGUAGCCGGAGCCUGGACGAACCCGGCGGUCGUCGGGGAGCUCCAGGGGGCUCGUCGGACCAGCCCUUGUUCGCCAUCAUAGAGCAGUCCUUCUCGGCUACGGCGCGCGUGGACAUUGCAAACCACAUCAAGGAUUACUACCUCGUACACUACGUGUACGGCUUUCACACGGAGCACUUUGCCUACUUCGCUACUGUUCAGCGAAAGAGCCACCUGAGGGCAUCUGAAGAGCUGGGCUACGUCAGCCGACUAGCCCGCGUGUGCACCUCGGACCCGGCGUACAGCACCUACACUGAAGUGACCCUCCAGUGCCUCGGUCCUGAUGGCACCGACUACAAUCUUCUCACCGAUGCUGGAGUCGUGGCAGCCGGCGAAGACGUUGCCGAUGAACUAGGACUAGAACCUGGCUCAUCAGACUCCCGAGUCCUCGUUGGCCUCUUUGUUGUAAGCGCCGACCACACAACACGGCCCAGUCGACGCUCAGCCGUCUGCCUUUUCGCCUUGACAGACGUGGAGCAAAAGUUCACCGAGAAUGUCCACAUGUGCUACAACGGCAGCGUGCUCACCAGAAACAUGGACUACAUCGCAGGAAGCAUCAACCAGUGCCCCGAGCCAGGGAAAGCGGGAAAUAUAAUCAACUUCUGCAACGAGACCGUCAAGCUGAACGGAUCAGUUCCCAUCUCUGCGAAGGCGGCGAUCACGUACCCCAACGACACGCUGACGUCACUGGCUACCGUCCUUGUGGGGCACCAUAAUGUUCUCUUCGUGGGAACUGCUGAGGGAACGCUCAGAAAGAUUCUCAUCACCGGAGCUACAGCCGCUGAAGAGUUUGAGCAAGUGCCUUUAGAUCCUGGACAUAAGAUCAUUCCCCAGAUUAGCGUGGACGCUGCUCAGAACUUCCUCUUCGCAGUUUCCGUCUACAAGGUCAGCAAGGUUCGCAUCGAGAAAUGUCAGCUGUACGAGACCUGUGAAUCAUGCCUCGCUUCCCGCAAUCCGUUCUGUGGAUGGUGUUCUUUGGAAAGGAGGUGCACAGUGAAGGCCCACUGUCAAAACGCCACGGGCACCUUGGCUGAGAGAAGCAGCUCGGCGCGUUGGCUCUCUCUUGGCUCGAAUAGGUGCAUCGACUUCCUCGCCGUGCGGCCAGAGCAGCUGCCCUACAAGUCCAUGUCCAUGGUGGACUUGGUGAUCAACCAGCUACCGCAGCUUCCGUACGGGGCGCACUACCUCUGCGUGUACGGCAGCAGCGCCCCGAUUCAAGCGCGCGUCACGCACUUGGGCCUCGCCUGCAUGUCCCCGCUGGUGGCGGCUCGGCCGCCCAUCUUGCCGGGGAGAGAUCACGUCAUUGUGGACUUGGCUGUGCGCUCCAGUGAGACCGACACCGACUUCAUUCACAGAGAGUUCGUUUUCUUCGACUGCAGUGUUCACAAAACGUGCAAGUCUUGUGUGAUGAGCUCGUGGCCCUGCAAUUGGUGCCUGCACGAGAAUUUCUGCACCAGCAACGCUACCGACUGCGCCCGACGCGUCAUCAUCGGAGAAAGCAACUCUCACAACUCACUCAUCAAGGGUCGACAGCACUGUCCAAGCUUCAGCAUCGACGAUGAAAUUCUGCUCCCCCAUGACGCACGCAAAGAAAUCGCCGUUGAAGUGAGAAAUAUAUUGACACCCCUGGAAGGAUUUCAAUGCGUCGUCGAAAUUGAAGGCGCCAGGGAGCGGGUGUUUGCUCGGCUCCGGGACAACAAAGUCAUCUGCACGGAGAGCACGUACACCUACCAAGCUGAGCAAGGAGAACUACAAGCUUCCCUCACUGUUCUGUGGAACGGCGACACUUUCAUCGACAAGACCAACGUGACGUUGUACAAGUGCCUGCUGCUGGGAAGCCACGGUGGCCGCCAGGACUGCUCCCUGUGCCUGACGCGCGACAAGCGCUACCAAUGCUCCUGGUGCGGAGGGUCGUGCAACUACGGACCAUCGUGCGUCGAGCCGGUCACCACGUCGUGCCCACCGCCCAGGAUCGAUUGGAUCCACCCUCUCAACGGGCCUGUGGAAGGAGGCACAUUGGUCACCAUAGAAGGCAGCAACCUGGGCACGAGCGAGGAAGAAAUAAGAGACAAGAUCCUCGUUGGUGGUCUUCCCUGUGUGCCAGUGGAGUACAACGUGUCAGUCAGAGUUGUCUGCCGGACGCAACCGAGCCCCCACGGUGCGCAGGCGACGUACGUGGUCAUCGGGAAUCGCGCCGGCAUCACCAAGGCACAGGAAAAGUUUCACUACAAGCCAGUGGAGCUGACCGGAGUGCAGCCCCGCGUUGGACCUCAAUCGGGUGGCACUCGUCUGUACCUGAACGGAACCAAUCUGAACGUCGGCAGUCAUGUGAGCGUUUACCUGGACGACAUCGUGUGCCACGUCGAAAGGUCUCUUGCAAGCAGCAACCAGAUCAGUUGCAGAACGUCCAGGUCUCCGUACCCAUCGUAUCAGGUCUCCCAGCUGAUCCUGCGCAUUGACGGUGCCAACCUGACCCUGAGCAACCCAUUUUUCUACACUGAGGACCCUUCUUUGCACAGAAUUCAACCGCUUAAAAGCUUCCUCAGUGGAGGCAGACACAUCCACAUUUACGGAACCAACUUGACGUCUAUUCAGCAACCCCGUAUGGCGGUGUUCAACAGGUUUCGCCAAGUAAACGAAACGUCGUGCCACGUGUUGAACGCCUCUGUCAUGGUCUGCCCUUCUCCGGCCGUGCUCCUGCGCCACCCGGGGAGGGACAGCAGCUUUGACGACGAGGAAGAGCAGGCGGAGAGCGCCGACGUAGUUGCACACGCCGUGGCCAGAGGGCAGUACCAGAGGAAUACGGCAGUAAAGUCAAGAGGGGAAUCCGAAGCUGGAUCCGAAGGCGACGAGCUGGACGCUGUGCGCCUUCGCAUCGGCUUCAUAAUGGACGAUGUUCGAUCGGUGCAGGAACUGAACAAGUUCUACCCAGAUGUGGCGUCGGACCUCACCUACGUUUCCGACCCGCGUUUCUUUCCCUUCGACAACGACGGUGUAAAGCUCUACAAGGGGGAGCCACUCGUCAUUGAGGGUGAAAUGCUUCGAUUGGCCACCACGGAAUCCGAAAUUAAUGUUACAAUCGGCACGCGUCCGUGCAACUUAACAUCGCUCAGCAUGAGUCAACUGGUCUGUGUUCCACCAGACGUUCAGCCUCCAAGCACCGACGAACUCGGCCACCGGACAGAGAUGGAUUUGCCUGUUGUUGUGGUACGAGUUGGCAGUAACCUGCGCUAUGAAGUGGGCUACUUGCGGUACGAAGUGGCUAAGAUCUACGAGUUUCCGCCGGAGACUGUAGGAGCCAUUGCAGCUGGUGGAACAGUGCUGAUGCUUUUGAGCCUCGUAACGUUGGCCAUCCUGAAGCACAAGAACUCACAGGCCGAGAGGGAAUACAAGAGGAUCCAGCUCCAGAUGGACACGCUAGAGAACAGCGUGCGGUCCGAGUGCAAACAAGCGUUUGCGGAACUACAGACUGAUAUGACGGACCUCAACAACGACAUUCAAGCGACGGGGAUACCGACCCUUGACCACAAGGCGUACAUUAUGAAAGUGUUCUUCCCGGGUGUACCAAAUAGUCCGAUCUUGCAGGAGGUCAAACAAAUCAACGGCCCUUACAACAACUACGAGGUGGCGAUGACAAAUUUUGAGAUGCUUAUCAACAACAAGAACUUUCUACUGACAUUCAUUGACACUCUAGAAAACCAGAACACUUUCAGCAUCAGGGACAAAGUGAACGUAGCAUCGCUGCUCAUGAUCAUUUUGCUCGACAAAAUGGAAUACGCCACAGACAUAUUGCGAGAGCUCUUAAUCCGGCUUGUGGAAAAGUACGUUGGCACAAAGCAUCCUCAACUAAUGCUCAGAAGGACUGAAUCCGUCGUCGAAAAGAUGCUUACAAACUGGAUGGCGCUGUGCAUGUAUGGUUACAUAAAGGAACACGCGGGAAGGUCACUAUUCCUCCUGUUUAGCGCGAUCAAGCACCAAGUGGAGAAAGGCCCCGUGGACGCGGUGACCCACGAUGCUCGUUAUUCACUCUCCGAAGAGCGGCUGCUCCGAGAGCAAAUCGAGUACUCCACAGUGGUCAUUCAGGUCGUGCAAGAAGACCAGGAUGAAAAAGUCUUUUGUCGCGUCAACGACUGCGACACAAUCAGCCAAGUGAAGGCCAAAGUAUUGGACGCCCUCUACAAGAACACUCCAUGCUCAAUGCGGCCGCUGAUAUCGGAGGUUGACCUCGAAUGGCGGCACGGUAGAGGCGGUCACCUGAUUCUUCAAGACGAGGACCUCACUACAAAGACGGUCAGUGGAUGUCAGAAACUGAACACGUUGGCUCACUACGGCAUACAUGAUUCAGCCAUCAUGAGCCUUGUCAACAAGAAAAGGCGCUACUGCAAGAACGGUACGGCUACAUAUGGACCAAUCAACACACUACCAGCACGCAACAACAAUUACGAGGGUCACUACGGCAGCACCGCGAAGUACUGGCACUUAGUCAAACCCCUCGAUGAUCGCCAUGAGUCGCAGCAGGACCAGCGGCACAAAUCUAUCCCGGAAAUAUUCCUCACCAGGCUGCUGUCCACAAAGGGAACCAUACAAAAGUUUGUCGAUGACUUCCUGCACAACAUCUUAACAGUCAACGAGGCACUGCCUUGCGCCGUCAAGUGGCUCUUCGACCUCUUGGACACAACUGCGUCCACAUACGGCAUAGUCGACGCGGAGGUGUGCCAUGCCUGGAAGAGCAACAGCUUGCCUCUGCGAUUCUGGGUCAAUCUAGUCAAGAAUCCCGACUUCAUUUUUGACAUUGAGAAGACGCCAAUUUUAGAUGCUUGCCUUUCCGUAAUUGCACAGACAUUCAUGGACGCCUGCUCAACAACAGAGCAUAGACUUGGAAAGGAUUCUCCAUCCAACAAACUAUUAUUCGCAAGAGAUAUUCCAAGUUACCGAAGACUUGUCUGCAAGUUCUACCAGGAUGUCGCGGCGUUGCCUCCAGUUUCCGACCAGGAUAUGCGAUCUGCUAUGCAUGCGUUGUCUGUGGCGCAUGCAGGGGAAGUUGAUGUCCUGAAUGCCUUGAAAGAAUUGUAUAUUUAUGUUACAAAAUACUCCGAGCAGAUACUGGAGGCCCUCGAAGAUGACGAGGUGUGCCAGGAGCUCCAGCUGGCCCAACGACUAGAGACUGUGGCGUGCACAUUAAGCGCUGAGCGAACUUUGCCGUGCUAGAACUUGUCCUUGACGAGCAGUGCGGUGACCUGUAGCAAUGCAUAGGGGGCCGCGCUCAUCCCGAGGCACACAAAAGAUGGUCUCCUAGGUCUCGGGGCCCUCUGGGGUGCUCGAAGCAGCACUCACCGGACACCAACGGUGAAGCCAUGUGAUCAACCUCCAUUUGUACAGAACCCAGCGCGGCGGCGGAGACUGUUCUCAUUGUGGUGCUUGCAGCAUUGACUUCGCUUCCUGCGGCAUGGUGGUUUUGCGAACGCUGUGGGAAUUUCUUUUCCUGUUCUUCUACCGAGGGCAGCCAGCGCCGCGAUGGCGCAUAGCAGUGUUUGUGCCUAUGUGUGAGUGUUUUCUUUUCCAGAGAACCCACAUUCGUGCCUGAGUGUGCGCUUAGGUGCUGGUAUAGAUUAAGCUGGCGUGUCUCUGACCGGUUCAGAGCAUGUAGCCUAUUCCACCGAUUGUGCGCCGCACAUGGAGGCAGGGUGUUUUGUAUAUUCCAAGGCGCGCGUAGGUGUGUUACGUGCGGUUUAGGAAAGCGACUCGAAGUUAGUUGGGAUGGGGCUGACACCGAAAGGAGAAAUACGAGUACUUUGGCUUUUGAGUCUGUACCUGGGUAGCAGACUCGAAUAAUGAAAACCGGAAGUCAUGUACAAAUUCUGUUUUCGUUUUCAGCAUACACAAAUGUGUAUUCUUCUCAAGUAUGUUUCUGAGGCCACAAAAUACUCCUUUGUUACGAUACCUCUACGCAAAGACAAGAGACAAAAAAAGGGAAGUGCACAACACAAGCGCUCCUUAUCAAUACUCCUUUUCAGUGCAGGAUAAGAAAUGUAUUGAUGUCCGGAGCCGGAUUUCCUGUACAAUAAUGCCACAUCCACACACUAUCCAUGGUGAAAAAAGUAACUGCUGGAGUCCCAACUGAUAUUUCGGAAAGCUGUCCAGUAUUUAUGACAGCAUUCAUAAUACUAGGCCUUAUUCCAUUUCAAUGUCGAUAUUACUAUCGUUUUCAUUGCAGAAAAUAAAUUAUGUGCAAGGUACAAAAAGGACGGGCACCUCUGAGGGAAGUCGAGAAUUCAAGAGAAGCAUGAGCGUUUUGCUGUUGCAACGUCGUAACUUUUUCGUAUUUACACAAAUGUAUCGAUAUUGUACGAAGGAGUCGAGUCUUAAACUAAUCUUAGGAUGACACUUUGGGCCGCAAAGCGACGUGCGCCACAGAACCGCGUCAUACUUAUGGAGUCACGUGGCAAAAAUCAGCGAUGUUGGCAUAAUGCUUAAGACGAAAAGCAAAGUGAACGCACUUCAUUACAAACGCACGAUGCAGAACUUUUGCCUUCGUGAUGUUCAGCGUCAUGCACGAAACAAGCAUGCUGUUCGUGCGGUGAGCGUUCUAUUGCCAGAAACAGGGUCCUAAAUGUUUUAUUUGUGCAUGUCCUAUGCACCUGUAAUUUAACACACGGUCCAACUGCCUUGUCAGUGUUUGCUGUCGUGACCGUCUGAAAUGCAGCCUUGAAGAGGCGAAGUCCUGUGCAUGACUGAGUCGUAGUGUUCUAUCAUUUUUUAUCAUAGGGAGAGUGCUUUGUCUUCUCACAGUCACCUUCGUCACAUAUGGCAAUGUCGGCGAAGAUAGUUUUAAUUUCGAUGCUAUUUUUUUACGAAAUGAAGAAGAUACUAAAGUACAUUUAGCGCAAUCCUUUGUAAAGUAUGUUGUGAAUAAAGAAAGUGACAGCUUUAGGCACUACUUCAAA